GAUGAUAAAUGGUUGAAAAGGAGACUCACAUGCUCAUGAGACACCUGCAGGGGACAGAGGAAAAGGAAGCCAGGGAAAAGGAAAGCAGGGAGCUGGAAGAUGAGAGUGAGGAAGUGAGAGAGAGGGAAGGGGAGGGCUUUGAGGCAGGCAGUGACCAAGGCAGCAAUGGGAAGGCCUCCAUGCUGUGACAGGGUUGGCAUCAAGAAAGGACCAUGGACUCCUGAAGAGGACAUCAUCUUGGUCUCUUAUAUCCAGGAGCAUGGGCCUGGAAACUGGAGAUCAGUUCCCACAAACACUGGCUUGAUGAGAUGCAGCAAGAGCUGUAGACUGAGAUGGAUAAACUACCUCAGGCCUGGAAUCAAGCAUGGCAACUUCACUCCGCACGAAGAAGGAAUCAUAAUCCAUCUGCAAGCCUUGCUUGGCAACAGAUGGGCAGCCAUAGCUUCUUACCUUCCCCAAAGAACAGACAACGAUAUCAAGAACUACUGGAACACGCACCUGAAGAAGAAGAUGAUAGAUACUGCAGGUAGCUACGUGAUCUCUCCUGAUACAAGCCCGGUCUGCCAUGACUACAUGUCCAAAGGAUGCAACACGGAAGCAGUGAAGCAAGAGAUGAAGUUCCCACUGUCCAGGUUCUCCCAGACACCCUCCAUCUACGCCUCCAGCACUGAGAACAUCUCAAGGCUUCUUGAAGGUUGGGUGCGAUCCUCCCCGAAGGCCGCAGCGAAGAAGAAAGAGUUCGCCAUUACCGACAACAACAACAGCAGCAGCAGCAGUAGCAGCAAUACCAUCACGGCAGCAUCACCCAAAGAGAACAAACAAGCUGAACGUAACCAAGUGGGCUGCUUAGCCGCGGCGCAUGAAGACCUGGACUCGCUUCUUUCCUUCGAGAACACAAGCGGCAUGAUCUCCUGGGGAAAGAUCCAUGGGCCACAGCUCGCACAAGCGAAUGCCGAGGCGAAGCAGGAUGCGGAGAACAGCCAACCCCCCUUGUCCUCGUUGGAGAAGUGGCUCUUCGACGAGGCGUUGGGGCAGACAGAUGGGUUCCUGGAGCUCCCUGCUAAUUGUCUCUCUUGGUCUGCCAUGCUUUCCUGAUGACACCCCCAAGGUUGCCGACGACAAAAGCUAGCGAGGAGCACGUCCAGUGACUCACUGCAACCUUCGACUCUCAUCAUUCAACGUGAAAACUGUCCGAAAUAAGCACUACAGUAAAUAUGGUCUCUCGUUGCAAGCGUAAAUUAAAUAAGGAGCAGCUUCUGCAUGCAAUCAUGUCAAUGAAUCACUCAGUUCUAUAUAUGCUUCAUGCUUCCUUGAACUCAA